AUGUCAAACAAAUUCAAAAAUUCAUAUCGCACGUUCCCGUUUGUUGAACCUUCGCACAGUAAGAAGAACCAGCAAUUCGACAGUGGUCUGGUUGUCUCAAGCACCACCAAUGAUGGCAUUGAUGAGCUCAGUAUGACUGCAGACAUGGAAGUACUCGCGACAUUAGACCCUCCAGACCCAAUGUCCCGAAGCUUAUUUGAAUGGGACAGCAGUGUGGAUGCAGAUGUCUCACCGACAAUGGCACGGAAGCGUUUAAUGUUGGCUCGAUGCACUGAAGUACUCACGUCUCUACUUCAAAUGACAGGCGAUUUAGCUGAUCAGCAGUCGAAUCUGGAGCCUAACACUUUGGGCACUAACGAACACUCCUCACCGAAUAACAGUCCACAGACGUCGAACUCCUGUACAAACCUCCCAGAUUCAUCGAGUGACGCCGCCGAGUUGCGUGUUCUGACCGUUAAUCCCCAGUUUGCAGCAGGUCCAAAUGAACAUGAAAGUUCUGCUGAAUGUU